UCGUGUUCGCUUGUCGUGGCUGCCUAGCAAUCUGUUCUCGUGGGCCGUUCGAAUCAUCGUUCGUCGCUCGAAUUUCCAAGGAUCCCGAUCAGCCCAAGUACUACCCGGACGGACUUGUCUGGUCUCGCUCCAGUAACUAAUGGAUGACUGUAGCAAUAAUAAUAGUAGAUAUCAAGAAGAGACAACCAACCCAGUUCAAUUAAGUGAACAUGAUCAGGCUAUUCUUUCCAAACAAAAUUCACGGAUGGUGUCAUCAUUCAAAGCACAAGAAAUUGAAAAAAAUUCAAAAAAACAUUGGGAUAUUUUCUAUAAGAAUAACGGAAAUCGUUUCUUUAAAGAUAGGCACUGGACAACUAGAGAGUUUUCUGAAUUGCUCGGAGAUGAUAUUCAUCAAAAACAUAUAUUAGAAAUUGGGUGUGGGGUUGGAAAUUUUAUAUAUCCACUUCUUGCUGACGGAUUGAAUGCUAUAUUUUAUGCAUGUGAUUUUUCACCAAGAGCUAUCGAAUGCUUGAAAUCAAAUCCUUCUUAUGAUCCAUCACUCAUUAAUGCAUUUAAUUGUGAUAUUGUUACGGACGAAUUGAUCACCAAAAUACCUGAAAAUAGUUUGGAUUUGGUAACUGCCAUAUUCGUAUUGUCAGCUAUUCAUCCAGACAAUCAUCGAACAGUUCUAUCAAAUAUUCAUAAAGUCUUGAAAUACGGAGGACUACUAUUAUUUCGAGACUAUGGCAUUUAUGACAUGGCACAACUGAGAUUCAAACCAGGACACAAGAUAGCAGACAAUUUUUACAUGCGUCAAGACGGUACAAGAUCAUAUUUUUUCUCGAUUGAAUAUUUUCAAAGUCUAAUGGAAACUAAUGGGUUCGUAGAAUGUUCUAAUAAGUAUGUGUGUAAAAGGACAGUUAACAUAAAAGAAGAUGUUGAUGUACCGAGGCGAUUUAUUCAAGCAACAUUUUCCAAGCGGUUGUCUACAGAUAUCUAACAUAUUUUAAUAUGAUAAGAAACUUUUUACUAUUGGUUAUGAUAUUAAUAUAAUUUAGUUUAAAAAUAUAUCUUGAUUAUUAAAACCAAGAAAAGUAUUUGAGAAUAUAUUUUAUAAAAUAAUUAUAUGUAUAAGACUUACAUAAUUAUGAUAUGUAGUAAAAGUGUAAAAUGUAAUAAUGCAGUCUUUACAAACAUUACCAAAUAAUAUAAUGUGUUCUCUGAUAUGGAUUAUUUCAUUUUAUUUAAAUUUAGGUGCUGUGUAAGAUCUUGCACCUUGUUUUCUAAAAAAAAAUUCUAUUUUUAUUGUAGUUUACAUUUUCAGAGUGUUUAUUUAAAAGUAAUAUUCUAACAGCAUAUUAAGUAUAUAUGAAUUUAACAAUUCAACAAUUUAUUUGUAUUGUAAAAAUGUUAACUUUAAAUUAAGAUUACUCUUUUAAAAUAAAUAUAUUUUAAGCUAUUAUUAGGUUUAUAGAUCUAUAGUCAAUGACUUGUGGUAACUAUAAUAAUAUGUUGGUAUACUAUCACAAUUAUUGUUGUAAUUUUAUUUUUAGCAUUAAUAGAGAUAUGCAUAAGAUUUUUUCAAAUUACAUUUGUGGCAAUAAAGAUUUAUAUUAUAUAUAAAAAAAAA